UACUGGUUGACUACGUGGCUCCGCCGUUCCUCUACAACGGACCGGGGUGAUUUAAAUUUAGACGGAGUAAGAAGAGGGGCAAUUUAGAUCAGUCUGAAAUUGAAUGAGUAGCUAGCUAAUACUUUUUAUAGUUUAAAACAUUUAUUUUCCGUCAUACGUUUGGAUUAACGUUUUGCAAUGUCUGGGAAAAUCAAGAGCCGAAUCGCGGCAAAUGCCGACUUGUUAUCUGGUAGUGUGUCUUGCGAUGAGCGGAUUUUACGAGACUGUCAUCAGUUGUACAUCGAUGCCGACAGUGGGCUGGUAGCAGUGGCCCAGUCAGUUGGCGUGACUCUGCUGGCACCCAGGAAAAAGAUCACGGUCAUGUUGAUGGGCAACCACUCUGCCGGCAAGAGCUCCUUCAUCAACUGGUAUGUGGAGGAGCACAUCCAGCGCACAGGAGUGGCCAUUGAGACGCAAGGCUUCAGCUUUGUUACUAGUGGCCGCAAGAGAGAGUCUCUCACAGGAAAUGCCACGCUGCACCUUUACCCACACUUCAAACCACUACACGAGAUCAAGGGUGUGUCUGAGUACCUGGGCACUGAGAUUUGCACAUCGCGGCAGAAACGCUUCAGCCUAGUGACGUUUGUGGACUCUCCUGGCCUGGUGGACGGGGACAUGAAGUACCCCUUCGAUGUGGACCAGGCCAUCAUGUGGCUGGGUGAGCUGUGUGACCUCAUCCUGGUGUUCUUUGACCCCAUGGGCCAGGCGCUGUGCAAGCGCACCCUCAACAUCGUGGAGAAGCUCAACGAGAAGCACGGUGACCGCCUGCGCUUGUACCUCAGCAAGGCCGACGAGGCCGGGGGAGAGUCGGACAGACAGAGGGUGAUGAUGCAGAUAGUCCAGGAGCUGUGCAAGCGGCCGGGACUCAACAAGUGUGGCUUUGACAUGCCUACCAUCUAUGUUCCCAACCCCAACAAGCCCAGUCGCUGUGUGAACCAGAUUGAGGAGGCAUGUCGCACCAUCGAGAAGACCAUCAACCAGACAGUCCAGAACACACUCAACUCACUAGAGAAGGACUGUGAGCUUAUUACUGAGGCCAUUGCAGAUACACUCAGCCAAGACAGGCAGACCAGUGUAGAUAACCGGCGGGCGCGCUGUAAGGGCUGUUUGUUGGCUCUUCUGGGCUUCAGUGUCCCCUUCAUGCUGAUGGCAGCCCUGGUGCUGGGCAGCUUCUCCAAAGAGCUGCUAGAGAUGGCCCUGGGGGAUGACGGCAUCGAGGCCCUCUCUCUCUACCUGGCUCCUGUAGUGAGAGUGUUUGUCUCCAUGUCUGUGGAGUACCAGCUCUACAGUUGUGGUGGACUCAUCUUCCUCUCCUUCCUACUCCUCAUCCUUGCCCGCUUCUCCUUCAGGACUCAGCCCACUCUCUCUGGCCGACAGAAGAGGCAGCUACAGGAAAAGAUGGAUUAUGUGCAGGAGGUGGUGAAGACAAAGAAGAAGAAGCUCUAUGAGGAAUACCUUCGCCAGAGUGUGGGUGAUCAAGAUAUGGACUGAAAGAAAAUGGAGGAAACCACUGACGUACCACUUAACAUUCCUACUGUAGAGGACCAAAUGUAAUGUAGGAUUUAAACUGUUCAGGCUUUACCUUCCUGGCCAUGCCUUAUGGUGCAUUCAUGACAAUUCUGAAACUCAAGAGUUAAAAUGAACAUAAGUUAUUUGUGUAGAGCAGGGCUGUUCAAUGUCAGUCAUGGAGGGCCAAAGCACUUCUGGUUUUCAUCCUAAUCAGAGACUGAUUCAGACCUGGGACACCAGGUGAGUGCAAUUAACUACCAGGUAGAAACAAAAAAGGGUUUCGGCUCUCCAGGACUGUAAUUGAACGGCCCUGGUGUACAGCUUCCUAUUAGUUGAUUCUGAUUCUUUCCAAGUGGGAAAACUCUGGCCGCCUCUUUCUACAACGAAUGUCCAAGUAGAGAAUGUCUGAAUUUCCGAGUUGUCUUGAACGCACCAUUUACGUGUCCCUCCGGAGUACGCAGGGCGACAUGGGAAAUGUAAUCCUUGUCCACGUGUUGUCAGUCCAAUAUCUGUUCAUUCAUGUUGUAAACCAUAGAUCGCCUCAAUUUCUAAUAUGAGCAUUCAGAACCUAACUCUGACACGCACUGUAAUAUUCAUUUCCCAAUAUUUUUCACUACCAUGUUACCUGAUAGGUAGAUUUAAAAAAACAACAAACAUCAUGGGACCUGUGUUUUUGUAUGAGAUUAGAUACGGUUUACAAACUACAUUAUGAAUUGAACAAAGCAUUUAUAUACAUUUUUACAAUGUUUGGUAUACACAGUUGUGCCUGUUUGCUUCUCCAGGCUUCAACAUCUGACUCAAACACCUAUGCUGUAAUAAACCAAUAAUAACAUGAGGAUCAUGGGACUUGUAUUUUUGUACAAGGUGAACUCUCAGCAUUAAAUUACUUAUGCGAUACUA